UUAACUUUUUCUAGCAAAAACCCUAAUUUCACAGCUCCUCCCAAAAAAUUUCCGAUUUAAAAUUUGAUUUUUUUCGUUAGCUCACUUAUGCCCUGUAAAUGCAGAUGUUAAGCUGUAACUUCAAGAAAUUACUGUUUGCAAAUUCCAACAUUAUACAGAAAUGGAGGAAAAAGGACUAAAUGGUUCUGCAGUCACGGUGAAAGGUGAUGAAGCUAUACAGAACUACAGGGUGGAACCCGUGGUUGAAAUCUCCGGCCAAUUCAGUGGAUCAGCCACCGCUCCUCUGCCAUCACCACCAGUCAACGCGGUGGUGCCGCCUGCACAAAAGGAGGUGAAGAAGAAGAGGGGAAGGCCAAGGAAGUAUGCAGCAGAUGGUUCAGUGGUGGCGCUGUCACCUAUGCCGAUAUCGGCUUCAUUUCCCUUUACCGGAGAUUUCCCAGCUUGGAAACCAGGAACAGUCCGACCCGUUGACCAUUUCAAGAAGAAGCAUAAGUUGGAAAUCGAAAGUCCAGGAGGAUCGACGGCAUUCUCUGUUGGUGCAAGUUUUAUUCCUCAUGUUAUUACUGUUAAUGCUGGCGAGGACAUUACAAUGAGGAUCAUAUCUUUUUCUCAACAAGGGUCUAGAGCCAUUUGCGUUCUGGUAGCAAAUGGUGCAAUCUCAAAUGUUACACUGCGUCAACCUAAUUCUUCGGGUGGUACUUUGACCUAUGAGGGCCUCUUUGAAAUACUUUCUUUGACAGGAUCGUUUAUGCUCACCGAUAAUGGGUUGACAAAAAGCAGAACUGGUGGGAUGAGUGUCUCUCUAGCUGGGCCGGAUGGCCGUGUUAUGGGGGGAGGAGUUGCUGGCAUGCUAGUUGCAGCUGGACCUGUUCAGGUUGUGCUAGGUAGCUUUAUUCCGGGCCAUCAGCAAGAGCAAAAGCCCAAGAAACCAAAAUUUGAACACACAAUAGCUUUUACCCAAAGUCCUGCUAAUCCUAUUUCUGAAGAAAGAUACGAAGGAGCCUACAAUGUACCAAAGCCAAAUUUGACCUCCUCGGCUUCCUUCCAUGGAGAUAACUCGACUUCUAUGAACUCGAUGCAUGGCUCAAAGGGCACUGACCCAGAAAACAACGCCUCACUUCAAGGAGAAGAUUCUAGGGAGCAUAGCCAUGAAAUUACUUGCUGAUAGUGUCAUUUGUGCUCGUCUUGUUUGUAUUUUAGCUGUUUGUAUCAGGUAUCGAAGUUUUAGGCUUACUUAUCUCUGACCCCCAUUAGAUGUUGAUUGGUUGUAUGUUACCAUGCAGGUCGACUCAAGGUUUUUCUUUUUUUCAUUUUUCCCCUUUAGGCACUAGGUUAGGACUUUGUACUGGUAUGAUUGUUCUAAGAUACUCGCCAUACUCUAUCCGUGUUGUGUAACUUGGAUGUAGAACUUUAAAUGCAUGAAACUGGAAUUAAGUGUCAUUUUCAAC